CUUCAAGACACUUCACGAGCUUUCCGGGUAGGACGAGACUAAUGGAUUCAAUCGAGACGCCUUCGUCAUCAUCGCCGCCCAAAUCGAACGGCCCUGGCACAUCCACAACGGCCGCUGCGCGUCGCGCGAAGAAGCGCGAGCAGGACCGGAGAUGUCAGCGCAUGCUCAGGGAGCGGACAAAGAACCGAAUCGCAUAUCUCGAAGGUCUACUAGCCGACUUUGAGCGUCAAGGCACGUCAGCCACAGUCCAGGCUUUGCGAAAAGAGCGAGACGAAGCCGUCGAAGACCGCGAUCGACUUAUCCAGGCACUACGGACAAUCAAUCGUGUUAUCAAAGCCAGCCACCCUUCGCUGGCAGGUACAAGUGCUAUUGACACUUCAAGAUCAGCAGUAGCCGACCAACAGCCGCCAGAAAGGACAGAUGCCGCGGACUCUGGUGACAGCAACCCAGUCAAGGCGGGUGCCAUCCCGGGGCCGACGCUUCCGGCGAGUGGCACGCCAGAUUUAUCAGAAGUCCACGCCGACAGUGAACUGCCAGAACCGGCUUCAAACCUUACUGUCAACGUCUUGGACCCUAUCUGGCUUGCCCAAGCAUUUGACGAAAUCUCAAGUGCCACCGGCGGCGCAAGCAUAUUCACUGCAAGCUCGGAUACAGCACAACCGACAAGCUCAGCUUUCGUUCCCACAUUACCGACCGAUACCUGCGAGUGUUCUCCACGACCUUCAGACCAAGUCAUAAGACCUUUCAAUCUAUGGAGAUUCGCCAAUGACACUCUGGCCGAGCCAAUCCCGUGGAGCAACGAGAUAAGCGAGGUGGAAGAUGCCCUCGCCGAGGACAUUCCUGUCCGGGCAGUCGCAGAGAGCUGGGACGCUGCAGCUCAAAGCGUGGGGGGCAUACUCCCGCCGUCUUGGCAGCAGCUGCGCAAGAUCGACGAGACUCUGUUCUCGAGAUGUGGCGAUACAGAGCGGCUGGCUAUAAUGAAGACCAUGCACUCUCUGCUCGUUGCUCAUGCUGAUACCACGCUGGAACGAAGGGCCCGAUUGCCAGACUGGUACAUUGCUAGACCAUCACAAACAAUGGCGCACUCAGCUGCUACAGACUAUUUCACUUGGCCUGGUGUCCGCGAGCGUUUCGUCUUCCAUCCUCACAGAUACUGCUCAAACAAGUUCUGGAGCACGUUUACCAAGUCCUUCCGCAUCCUGUGGCCGUACGAAUUCCGUGAUUGCUACACCCGCAGCACACAGACAGGGCGGUACAACAUCUCGCCCACGUUCCAGGGGCGUAUCAAUGAUCUCCGGGCGUUCACGAUGGGCGAAGACAUGUUCCAGAUAUGGCCAGAGCUGAGGUCGGACAUACCGGCUUUUGAGACUAUGGGGAUGUCGCUUUCACCGGGUUGGCUGGGGGUGCCGCAAUCUGCAGGCCAGCAGAAGCAUGUUGCAUUCGCGAGACACAGUACAAUGGCAAUCCCUGCGAACGGACGCAGGAAGACUCACUCGGUCCCAUCCAAGGACGGACUGGUGCCUGAAGAAGAAGAAGACUCUGGGAACGACGCCCAUGCUUUACAGCAGAGGUCCGAGGUCCCUCUAGCCAUGACCGAGCAAAGCCACUACAUGGGUGGCUGGCCAGCGUGGGAAGCACUGGCAAGGGAAUAAAGGGUCCGGGCCUGCACACAUUUGUGGGGUAGAGGAGGACUCGCAUGGCUGCCAAAUUUUCUGACGUGGCACUGUAUGUACUGGAAUAGCACAGCACAGCGAAGCCAAUUUCAAAUCAAGGGUGCUCUCGGU